AGUAGCACUAGUAGGAUUCGUAACGUUGCUACAGGAUGACAACACAGACAACAGUCCUCCCUAAAACCAGAAAUAUGUCCCCCGAUGACUGAUCAUACAUUUUAGAUGGGUUUUCUACUGGACCUGAGAGUUCUGUGAUGGAGAUACCAACUGUGACCGACAUGAGUUUUAAGCCCAUCAUCAUCAGUGGAGUGGUGGUCCGAGACAAAGAGUUCCUGUGCAGGCUGGGUAAAGUGCUGGAACUCAACUGGCUUCAUGGCAAAGACCACAAGGCAAAGAGAGCAUUGAUUGAAAAUACCCUUGCCUCCUUUGCUUGCGAUGCUGUGGAAAACAACGAUUUCAUCUCUCUACGAGCCCUACUAGAGAAGGUUGAUGUCAAUUGUGGAAACUAUGAUGGUAUCAAGCCUCUUCAUACGGCCUGUGAGUUGGGGAACUUAGACAUGGUUAAGUUCUUACUGGCAAAGGGGGCUUCCCGUGAGCUUGUGAACCGCUUUGGAAAGUGCCCAUUAUACAUGGCCAUAAAGAACAGGCAUUAUGAUGUUGUCAAGCUCCUGCACAUGAAAGGAGUCCCUGUUAAUCGACACCCAGUGAGAAUUGCCAUGGAAAUGAUCCAAGCAGUACGAAGCAGAGAUUACCCCCUACUGCAUGCCUGGUCUCUAUCAGGAGUUGACAUGGACACUAAAGACUAUGAUGGGUACACAGUAAUGCACGAGGCCGUCAGUCUACGAGACAAAGCCAUGAUUGCCAAGCUACUGGAAUAUGGUGCAACACCACUAGAGAUAAAUGUGUGGGGAGAGACAGCCAUGGAUAAUGCUCAAAAUGAGACCACAAUCUUGUCACUGUUUGACCCUUAUUUCACUGUGCGUUUCCCCACAAAAAAAGCCUAUCUGCUACAUAAGGAAAAACAUUCACAGAGAUAGAAAUAAUCUCUUUUUCAGCAGCCUUUUUAAUCAUUCUCUAUUUUCCUGUUUUACUCUCCAAUUGUACUUGAACACACUGAAAGAAAAAAUGAAAUAAAUCUAUGC